AAAGAUAGACAAACUUCUCCUUGCUACACACAAGCUCUCUAUAUAAAGCCAUUAACUCGAUACCUCACAAAUUACAAAUUAAGAAAAGGAGAUAAUCAUCACAAACUACAAACAAAAAAAAAAAGAAAGAAAAAACACAAUUCUUGAAGAAUCUUUUUGCAUCAAUGGAAGAAGCAAAAGCUCCUCACGUUGCGAUCAUACCGAGUCCCGGAAUGGGUCACCUUAUCCCACUCGUUGAGUUUGCUAAAAGACUCGUUCACCGUCACGGCUUCACCGUGACCUUCUUCAUCGGCGGCGAAGGUCCACCGUCGAAAGCUCAGAGAACCGUCCUUGCGUCUCUUCCUUCCUCAAUCUCCUCCGUCUUUCUCCCUCCCGUCGAUCUCACCGAUAUCCCGGCGUCGGAUGGCAUCGAAACUCGGAUCACGCUCACCGUGACUCGCUCAAACCCUGAGCUCCGGAAACACUUUAACUCGUUCAAGGCGGAAGGCCGUUUGCCGAAGGCCCUCGUCGUCGACUUGUUCGGCACGGAUGCUUUCGACGUCGCCGAGGAAUUCCACGUGUCACCUUAUAUUUUCUACCCAUCAACCGCCAACGUUUUGUCGUUUUUUCUGCAUUUGCCUAAACUUGACGAAACGGUGUCGUCUGAGUUCAGGGAGUUAACCGAACCGGUUGAGUUUCCUGGAUGUGUUCCGCUGACCGGAAAAGAUUUUCUUGACCCGGCACAGGACCGGAAGAACGAAGCAUACAAGUGGCUUCUCCAUAACACCAAGAGGUACAAAGAAGCCGAAGGGAUUCUUGUGAAUAGUUUCUUCGAGCUAGAGCCAAAUGCUCUAAAGGCCUUGCAAGAACCGGGUCUUGAUAAACCACCUGUUUAUCCGGUUGGUCCGUUGGUUAGCAUCGGUCAGCAAGAGUCCAAACAAACCGAAGAGUCCAAGUGUUUGAAGUGGUUGGAUAACCAACCGCUCGGUUCGGUUUUGUAUGUGUCCUUUGGUAGUGGCGGUACACUCACAUUUGAGCAGCUCAAUGAGCUUGCUCUCGGUCUUGCGGAUAGUGAGCAACGGUUUCUUUGGGUCAUACGAACUCCGAGUGGCACUGCUAAUUCGUCGUAUUUUGAUUCACAUAGCCGAAACGAUCCAUUGUCGUUUUUACCACCGGGGUUCUUAGAGCGGACCAAAGACAGAGGUUUUGUGCUCCCUUCUUGGGCUCCGCAAGCUCAAGUCUUAGCCCAUCCAUCAACGGGAGGGUUUUUGACUCAUUGUGGAUGGAAUUCGAGUCUAGAGGGUAUAGUAAGCGGUGUUCCACUUAUAGCAUGGCCACUAUUCGCAGAGCAGAAGAUGAAUGCUGUUUUGCUGACUGAAGAUAUCCGUGCGGCACUUAGGGCUCGUGCCGGGGAGGAUGGGAUAGUGAGAAGAGAAGAGGUGGCUAGAGUGGUAAAAGGGUUGAUGGAAGGUGAAGAAGGUAAAGGAGUGAGGAACAAGAUGAAGGAACUCAAGGAAGGAGCUUCUAGGGUGUUGAAGGAUGAUGGAUCGUCUACGAAAGCACUCAGUCUUGUGGCCUUAAAGUGGAAAUCCCACAAAACAGAGUUAGUGCAAAAUGGCAAACACUGAAUGUUUUAUGCCUAGCGCGGUAAUAUGGGAUUUGUGCAACUGUGUUUGUGUAUGUAUGUUUUUAUUUUAUUUACUAGUCUUUGCUUCUGAUCUUGUCUAAAAACUUUUAUUUGUAAAUGUUAUUGGCUUUUGAUAAAAAAAAAAAUGUUAAUUUUUA